GCCAAUCAAGCUUCGGAGCGGAGUGCGGUGGGCGGACGCUUCCGGGGAAGCACGAGUUGUCGCCAUGGCGGAGGCGCUGAUAUCCCAAGAGGAGGCUUCCAGGUUGGAGGAGUGGGAGAAGCAGCAGAUACUUCUGAAGGAUCAGUUGAUCACCACUAAUACGGAGAGCUGGCAGCAGCAGGUGGAACUUGAUGGACUGGAAAGAGUCGGUGGAGUGGAUCUGUCCUACAUCAAGGGAGAAGAGACUGUGGCCUGCGCCUCACUUGUGGUGUUGAGCUACCCUGAGAUGGAGGUGAUCUAUGAAGAUUGUCACAUGGUAACUCUAGAUGCCCCUUACGUUGCUGGCUUCCUGGCCUUCAGAGAGGUGCCAUCGUUGGUGGAGGCGGUGAAGUCUUUGCAGGAGAAGAAGCCGGAUGUGAUACCUCAGGUGCUGCUUGUGGAUGGUAAUGGCAUCCUCCAUCAUCGGGGGUUUGGUGUGGCCUGCCAUCUUGGGAUCCUCACCGAUCUCCCAACAAUUGGAGUGGCCAAGAAUUUGCUCCAGGUGGACGGACUGGAAAAUAAUGAGGCACACAAGGAACAGGCAAAACAGUUAGAGGACGGAGGAGAUUAUUUUCACCUCAAGGGCAGCACCGGCCAAAUCCUGGGUGCGGCAUUAAAAAGCUGCAAAAAAAGCUCCAAACCCAUCUAUGUCUCAGUCGGCCACAAGAUAAGUUUGGAGACAGCAGUGAAUGUGGUCCGUUCAUGCUGCAAGUACCGAGUUCCUGAGCCCACCAGACAGGCUGACAUUCGCUCCAGAGAAUUUUGCAUUAAGAUCGCGAAUAAAGGCAAAACAGAAACCACGAAAUCUCAAGAUAGUCUCAGUUAGCUGGACCUAGAAGAAAAACAUGAGUUUUUAUUUGGGUUUUAGCUGUCGUUACUCAAAAUGUCUCCUCACACAAGAUGGAAUUUUCAGUGUUUGGUAGUUGCUGGACAGUUACACCAGCUAAUGGAUUUUUUUAUUUUAUUUCCUGAGGACUCUAUUGGUGAGAUUUCUGCGCAGAUUUCCUGAGUUUGCACACUGGUUGUGCCCAGGGUUGCCCACGUUCAGUAAAUUUACAAACGGUUUGUAAAAUCCAUAAUUGUUGCAUCUGUCCACGAAUGUCAGUUACGGAAAUGCAGCCUACAUGUCCGUAAUAGACAUUCAAGGACAGAUGCAAAAAGUACGGAUUUUACAAACUGUAAAUUUACUGAAAGUUGGCAACCCUGGUUGUGCCCAUUAUUGGUCACAACACUAAUAGAUUGGUGCGAGCCCCCUGAAUUUUUUUGCUCAGUGCCAGGUAAUGGCAUGGAGAUCUCAUCGUUGGAAUCCACUACAGAUACAGAAAGAUUUGGCACACCAGGCUCCUCUUGUAAAUGAAUCAUCCCCUUUUGGGGACCCUUCUGUUCUGGAGUGUCGCAAAGUGGAAUUGGGAUUGGUUGUUCAGUUAUAUUGACUAUUUAGAAGUAAUAACAGGUGACAGUUUAGGGUGAAGUAAGAUGGCAGUGGAUGAUCCCAGAAGGACACUAUUGGUGUUUAUUGAAACUGGACAAAUGAAAGAGCAUCUGCGUAGGUUGUUUUCCUUGCGUAACCAUUUUAUAACAAAAACUCAUUUUAUCACCACAUGGUAGGUUCACAUUCAGGCGAUGCAGCUUAGCUCAGUUACACCUAUAAAUGCUGAAAUAAGGUCCCCUAGUUGUGGGUAACACAGCAUAUGGGUAUGCUGAAGUGUGAGUUGAGGGUUUCUUGUGUUAUUUACUGUGUGGAAGCACAUUUGGGGCCCUUUAGAUGUUGAGAAAAAUGCAGCUCUCUUAAGUCAAGGCUAUUACCAAAUCGUUAAAAUUGCCCCCUCCAGUCACUACUGGAUCUAACGCUUGUUUUUUAGGAGAUGAAAUAACAGAAUAUUACUUGCCUUAAUCCAUGGUUCUGUGUUCUUCUGCUCCACUAGCUCUGGUUGUGAUAUCUGCUUCCCCAAAACUACUCUUGUUGAUGGUCUUUAACUUAUCUGGUCACCACCCCUCUCCCUGACAUUAUCAUGCCAGUGCAGAACCAGCAACCAACACUGGUCUUGCAUUAUGCGUAAUGAUGUACCUAUAUUCCAGCACUGGAAAGAAGAGAGCUGUUACAGGUUUAGGUCAAGGUAGGGUUAUAUCAAUGUAUAGAUAACACAAGCAGUAAAUCCUUUUACAGCUGG